AUGCGUUUCUCCAAAUGUAUUGUUAGCUUAUUCAAUGAAAAAGCUAGAGAACCAACUCAAACACUACAUUCGUUUGACUUAUACGAGUUAAAACAACUGUUCAUAUUUUGUAUAAGAAUGUCUGUCGUAGAAUUCGAAUACAAAUCUGGCUUUCCAGGGCUUCGUUUAACACAUUCAAAUGGCGAUGCAUCCAUAGAACUAUUGCUGUAUGGUGCACAUGUCCUAUCUUGGACUGUGCAAAAUAAACAACUAUUGUUUCUCAGUGACAGAGCGGUUUUUGAACAGGGAAAAGCAAUCCGUGGUGGUGUACCUGUUGUAUGGCCACAAUUUGGGCCAGGUCCCUUGCCUCAACAUGGUUUUGCCCGGGUAAAAACAUGGCGUGUUGGAAAAACGAACAUCGAUGGUGAUGUCAGCGUGGACUUAAAUCUUGAACAUGAUGAAGAAACUUUAAAAUUAUGGCCGCACAAAUUUCAUUUGACUAUGACUCUCCGUUUGAGUGAAAAAUCCUUCGUUCAAGAGCUAACUGUUAAUAAUGAAGACAGUGAAGCAUUUGAAUUUACCACGUUAUUUCAUACUUAUUUUACUGUUGACGAUAUAAAAACCACUAAAGUAUUCGGUUUAAACAAUGUUACUUAUUUGGAUAAGGUCGAUGGAGGUAAAACGAAAACUGAAACCAAUCAAUCAAUUGAAUUCACCGGUGAAACUGAUCGUGUCUACAAAGACGGUGGUAAAAAUGGUAAUCCACUUUCGAUUGAUGGUAGAAUUCAAAUAAUCGCCUCGAGUACUAUGCCCGAUGUUGUCGUAUGGAAUCCUGGACAAGAAAAAGCCAAAGGAAUGGCUGAUGUUGGCGAACAUAACUUUCCGAAAUACGUUUGUGUCGAAGUUGGUCAUGUAAGUGAUGCCGUCAAAGUGGGACCAAAUCAAUCGUGGAAAGGAGCACAAGAGAUAAAAUUACUCCAAUAA